AUGUGGAAAAUAUGUCUUACAAAUCCAAUGACGUGCACCAAGCAAACCUGCAAGAAGUCGACUGGAGGCACCGCCAAGCGUAUCACCAUCGACUUUGUGCCCUUACUCGACUUCUCUUCAAUCGGCAUUGAUUCUUUGAUCGAUCUCAGCUUUGAUGCUUCGAUCCGUGUGGAUCUCAACUCCGAUCUGGUGAUGGAGGAGACGGUUUUGGAUGAGGAGACUGGAGGAGACAAGGUGGAUGAGACAGAUGGGAUGGAUGAUGGGAUGGUAGCUGGUGAGGCGCAGUCAAGUCACAAUGAGCACAAGACCCUUGUGCAGAAGAAACAUGCACUGCCUACUUUGAACAACUUGCCAGUUUUGCCCACCUUCCUCCCAAUCCGUGGUGCAUUGGAAGUAUCUCUGCAAUCACAGAUUUCUUCCACGCCUGUGGUAUUAAUCCACCUCACACUCAUCAACUUUGAAACUUCCAGCGGACCUUUUGACCUCAUGUACCACUUCCUCUCCCCCUAUUUUCCAUGUGGAGGUAUUGCUUUCCACAAGCUCAUCUUUGAUGUCAGCUCCAAGUCAAAGAGUGACCAGUACCAAGUCAAGUUUUUGGGCAUCAUCCUCAUGCCAUGGCAACCGCUCAUCAGAGCUGCCAAAGACUCUUACCUAUGGUUUUUGUCUUGUGGCGCUCUAGUUAACAAUGAGGAGUCAUUUUUGUCCUUGCAAAUGGCUGUCCUUCAUCAUCACAUUACAGCUACCAUCUGCUUCAAUGCCAUCCAUUUCCAGCCAACCUUUGCGGCUCCCCUUCUUCUAUCAUUUGCAGAACUCGUCCUGACUGAGUGUCUGCCAAUUCAUGAAGUUUUUCUGGACAUGCUUAUGCAGUCCUACAAACUUGGCAGGCACACUGAUGUGUUCUUAUUGAUGACUAAUGCUGGUCAUGCCUUGGACAUCACUAGAUUCGCAUGGACCCAUUAUUCACCACAGGCUGUCAAAUGCAUGGUGAAGAAAAUUCAUAAGGCUAUACUUGAAGCCCAAAAGGAACUUGAAGACGAAGAUGUGCCCCAAUUGCCUACUUCUUUGAAAAAGGAAAUAAAACAAUACUGUUCCCAAAUCAUCACCUACAAGGAAGAGGCCAAGGUUAGAGAAGCCACAAGUCAUCCGAGAGAAGCGUCCUUCUACAAGAAAUCACUUACCAAAUGGGAUGUCACACAGAGGUUGUUCAAGGAAGAAAUAGAUAAGUUUGACAAGGCUGAGCAGAGAAGGAAAGGCGUCCAACAGUCAAUCAAGUAUCGGACAGGCCAUGCCAGGGAAUGGUUUGACAAUAUGUCACCUUCACAACAGGAGGAGGUCAAGUUGGCCAUGACAAAAUGGAAUAGGGAGGAGGCACCAGAAGAAAGUAAAGCAAUAUCUUCCUUAAGUCACAAGAAAAAAGCUAGUCAGACAUUGUCUGUCAGUCUACACGAAACUGACCCUCAAAAUGUCAAGAAGAGGUUCUCUGUCAGCUCCAAUGGGAUCAAGGAGUGGACUGCAACUGGAUUUGAAUCCUUUGCAGAAUGGUCAAAGACCGAGUUUUAUCCUUCAGAUGAUCAGGACCUCGAGGGUUCAGACAAUGAGGAUGCUGGCAAUGAAGCUGCUAUCCCUGAAAUUAUCCUAGAUGAAGAUGGAUAUGCCAAACUUCCUAGUCAUGAUGGUCUUGGCCUUAAGGGCCAACAUGAAUUGAUGAGGGGUAUAUUUCAUGCUUCAUAUAAAGUUUGCACUGGGGGCUCUAGACCUGUGCCUUGGGGUGUGAUGACUGCCGCCUCAUCCAAUUAUUUGGAACAUGGUUCUGUUCCCACUGCAUUUGUGGUCAAAGACCCUUCUCAUAUGAAGACUGAGGAGGUAAAUCGUCUAUGGAACCAUUGGGAACAAAAUUCGGCUGCAAACAAGAAGCUAGUCAUUUUUGUCAAAGCCAAGGAUGGUGAUGUUCACGCAAAUGUAAGGAAUGAAGAAAGAAAGAAGAAGUCUAAGGUGAAAAGAGUAAGCUUACUUGACUCAGAUGAAGAAGACAGAGACUGGCUUCCUUCCUUGAACAGCUCUGAUCUCACAGAACGUAGAACCCAGCCAGCCAACACAACCCCUGAUGACAUCUCAAUCACUGAUCAAUAUACAUUCCUGGAAUCUCUAAGCAAGAAUGACAACUACCUGGAGCUUAUAGAUGCCAUUAGGGAUCUGGCAAUCUUGGCCAAGCAGAAGCCAACUUCAGUGCAAAAUCCAGAUUUGCCUAUCUGGGCUAACUGGUCUUGGGGAGGAUCUUAUCUUCCUAAGGACAUGCAUGUGUCAUAUGACACUUUGAAGGUGAGCUUGGAUAAGCUGCAAGCAUGUCCAAUCUCAGGGGCAGCAUCUGCCAUGCCAGUGAUUCUAGGAAUUGGGCUCCUCUAUAGGGAGUCUAAACAUGUCAUAGAGUAUGAGGAAGAUGAGGCUGACCCCAAUAUGCCUUUCUACCUACCUUAUUCUGCUUUCGAUCUAGAAUUCUUGGUUUCUCUUGAUCAAGUUGUCUCACAGGUUAAGUGCACAGUUGUCGAGCACAUAGAGAAGCUGACAAAAGAGGCACUUGGUGAGGACAACAACAUGGAGGAUGAAGAUGAAGUUGGAAACAAGGUGACCGAGGAGGAAGUUGAUCUCACAAAAGAGAAGGAGAAGCAGCAGGAGCAGGAGCAGCAGGAGCAGGAGGAGCAGGAGAAGGAGCAGGAGCAGAAGCAGAAAGGGAGGAAGAGAAGAAUGCCCCAAGCUUCGACCAGUAAGUCUAAGAAUCCCAGGAUUGAGCCUGAAGUCUGCAGAUCAGCCAGGACAAGGCAACCUUCCAAGAGAAACCAGAACUGA